UUUACGGGAAAUCCAACCGAAAGUUUCUUAUUUCUCAAUUUCUAAAUCUAAAGACAUCAUAACUGGUUGAUAUCAAGUCGUUAUCUACUACUUCUUCACCUCCAAUGAGAGAUUCUGUGGUUUCUUGACUUUCUUCCUUGCUCUGUUCGAGACUAUAUGACCAAAGUCAUCUAUACAUACACCAACGAUACAUUAUAUGGAUUAAAUAUUAUAAGAAAAUGGUUGUUCUGUGGGAAACAUAAGCUUCAACUAAACCAUUUCUCUGCUUCUUCUUGGUCGCUUUACCUUCAAGUUUCCCCGCUCUGUCUUCAUAUAUAUAUCAAAGAGCUAGUACUACAUUUUUUUUAUUACAGCCACAUACUUAAACAUUUAACUCUUAUCUUUCUUUUUACUUCUGUCUCUAUGUUUUUUUUUUAAUCUUGAUGUGGUCUCUCUCUCUCUCUCUCUUGGGUUUAUAUCACAGUUAGAAUAGAGAGAAAGCAAUAGUUGAAGAGAGAGAGAGAGAGAAAGGUUUCUUGGAGCAUGGGAUCCCUGAGACCCCUGAAAUGGUUGUAGCCCUUAUGCAAAAGGCAACAAUAGUUGUAGGAGGACACUCACUUAAUGCUAUCACAAUUGAACACUUCAUCUUGAGACUUCCAUAUCACUUAAAGUUUAAUUGUCCCAAAACUGCAACAUAUGAAGAGAUGAAAGCUCAUAGCACAUUUGGAUUGGAAUGGUCAGAACCUUUGGUCACUUUUUCUCUCUCCUGUGGAAGCUGGUCUUCUCCUGCUGUAAGGGUUUAUACAGCAGCAAGUGUAGAAAAAGAGCUAGAAGCUGCAAAGAGGGAUUAUCUUCAAGCAUCUGUAUGGAUUUCAAAGAAGAACAAACUAAUGAUUCCAAAGGUAUUAGAUUGGUAUUUGCUUGAUUUUGCAAAAGAUGUGGAAUCUUUGUUAGAUUGGGUUUGCCUUCAGUUGCCUGAUAAACUCAGAGAAGAAGCUCUGAAGUGUGUGGAAAGAAAGAACAAAGAAUCACUCAUGGAGUUGGUUCAAGUAGUACCAUAUGACUUCAGUUUCAGGUUGCUUUUGCAUCAAUGAAAAAAAGGUUUGAUGAUUUGUAAUGAUAAUAAUGUUUCAAAAAUGUGGAAGUGGAACCUUGUAUAGAUCUGAGUUGGGUAGUGUAAAUUAGAGCAAAAGUUAAAAUUUGUUAUUGGUUGGCUGAGACCUGAGAGUAGAUAUAUAGUCAUAUGUUUGUGUUCUUUACGAUAAACUAUAGAGUGAUAGCAAUUUAUUCAAUUGAUUUUAUCUA